AUUUGUUGCAAACGUAAAAUCAACCAAAAAUUUGCAAUUUCUAAUGUUUAAAUUCGUUGUUCAAAAUGUCAAAAAACCACAUAGGUCCUAAGUUAAUAAUAUCUCGGGCUUUCUAUAGUGAUAGAGUUACUGAUACGAUUAGAAAAUGCCUGUUUUCUCAGCCAACGUGUCGGGUAUACUUAAAGUCGGUGAUAGAAUCGAAAUCGGCGGCAAAAUCAAAGAGAAUGCACGCAAAAUGUCGGUAAACCUAUGCGCACAAGAGGGCGAAGAGCCGCGCGACGUUGUCCUCCAUUUCGACGUGCGGUUCCAUCGCGACAACAUAAUCUCCUUGUCAAGAAAGAACGGGGUAUGGAUUGGAAGUGGGAACUACGAUACAAAUUAUAACAUGUUUGUGCCUGGAACAGUGUUCCGCAUAAUCUUCGAGAUUAAGGACACGGAUGUCAUCACAAUCUACUGCCAGGGCAAGUUUCAUUCUAACUUCCUGCCCAAGAUCCCUUUGAGCAUGGCUCGCUAUGUGGUCGCCUGGGCUGACGUCGAGAAGGUCACACACUGCUACUUCCAUUUAGGCAGCAAGGCAGUAGGGGACGAUCCAACCGCUACCUCGCUGCCAUUCGGGCCUGUGUCCCCUCGAAAUACAGCAUCGCCCACGCUUGCCGGAGACGCCAAGAGGUGCAGCCAGCGCGUCCACAAGAAAUCCCCCUCCCCCGGUUCUCCUCAGACGCGCUCGUCAGGAGAGAGCUCCGAAGACGACAUGACGGCGGGCAAGGCGCGAAAACCAGAGCCCCGUACUGACAGAUUUUUCUACGACACCCUGAUGUGCCAGUCGCCGGAGCCACCCUUCAGCUCACCAGACAGAAGAAAUAAUAGAAGUAGAGUAGUUGAAUAUGCUAGGAAGUAUAAUAGAGAUUCGGACACUGAAAAAAAUGAAACUGAUGACUAUACAGAUGAAGCAGCUAAGAUAGACUCAUCAAUAGCAGAAUCCGAGGACGUGUUGACAGAGAUCAAAAAGCGCGGGCGACGCGGCAAAUUCGGCCCCCUCGCGCAGGUACGUUCUGUCCCAAAGACAUUCCAUACAAAUGUAUGACGAAAUGCAAUAUUUUUUGGAUGGGUAUAAUGCUGAUCGCCGUCGAACAAUAUGUUUGUUAUUUUUUUCUACCUGUAUGAAGAAAUUUGUUAAGUUUUGUAAAGUUAAUGCCUAUAUUUUAGUAUAUUUUAGAUAGGUAUUUUAUGUAUGUGGUUUUCGGUACAUAUUUCGUGUUUAAUAAUAAAGUUUUGU